AUAAGCGCUGCGCCGCGUCUCCUAUUGCAUAGGAAAGAUGGUCUCUCAUCCACACAGAGAAACAGAGUGAUUUACUUUGUUUUUCAUUCUGUUGAUUUUUCACAACAUCAUAAACGUGACAGUUUCCAGAUGAAACGACUGAGAUCUGUGUGACAAACUGCUGUAAAGAUGGAGUUUAUUAAAGAAGAGAGUGAAGACAUCAGUAUUACACAAACAUGUGGAAUAAAAACUGAAGAUACUGAAGAACAAAGAGAUCAGAUGGAGCUGAAAGAGGAAAGUCAAGAACUGAAUGAAGAGGAGGAGAAACAUCUGUAUCAGAAACCUGAUUAUUUAAAAUCAGAAGAACAAAGUUUUAAUUGCUCACAAUCUGGAAAGAAUUUCUCACGAAAAAGACGUCAAAGAACAGGAUCCAAAAAAGAAUUCAGAUGCCAUCAGUGUGGAAAGAGUUACAUGCAUAAAAGAAGCCUUAAUAUUCACAGAAGAAUUCACACUGGAGAGAGACCUUUUAUAUGUCAUCAGUGUGGAAAGAGUUACAUACACAAAAAAAACCUUAAUCAUCACAAAAGAAAUCACACUGGAGAGAAGCCUUUAACAUGUCAUCAGUGUGGAAAGAGUUACAUACACAAUGAAAACCUUAAUUGUCACCUGAGAAUUCACACUGGAGAGAAGCCUUUAACAUGUUCUCAGUGUGGAAAGACUUUCAUGCAUAAAAGAAGCCUCCAGAUUCACAUAAAUAUUCACUUAGGAGAGAAGCCGUUCACAUGUCAUCAGUGUGGAAAAAGUUUCACACUGAAAGAUAGCCUUAAUCGUCACAUGAGAAUUCACACUGGAGAAAUGCCUUUCACAUGUCAUCAGUGUGGGAAGAGUUUUAGUCACAAAGGAGACCUUAAUCGUCACAUGAGAAUUCACACUGGAGAGAAGCCUUUCACAUGUCAUCAGUGUGGGAAGAAAUUCACACAGAAAGGAAACCUUAAGAAUCACAUGAGAAUCCACACUGGAGAGAAGCCUUUCACCUGUCCUCAGUGUGGAAAGAUUUUCCUGCUUAAAGGAAACCUUAAGAGUCACAGAAGAAUUCACUCUGGAGAGAAGCCUUUCACAUGUCACCAGUGUGGAAAGAGUUACACACACAAAGAAAACCUUAAUCGUCACAUGAGAAUUCACUCUGGAGAGAAGCCUUUCACUUGCCACCUGUGUGGAAAGACUUUCACUCGUAAAAGAGGCCUUCAGAUUCACAUCAAAAUUCACUUAGGAGAGAAGCCUUUCACAUGUCAUCAGUGUGGAAAGAAUUUCAGUCAAAAGGAACACCUUAAGAAUCACAUAAGAAUUCACACUGGAGAGAAGCCUUACACAUGUCAUCAGUGUGGAAAGAGUUUCACGGAGAAAGGGACCCUUAAAAAUCACAUAAAAAUUCAUACUGGAGAGAGAAGUUUUGUAUGUCAUCAGUGUGGAAAGGGUUUUACAGAGAAAGGGAAACUAAAUAGACACAUAAGAAUUCAUACUGGAGAGAAGCCUUUCACAUGCCAUCUGUGUGGAAAGAGUUACACAGAGAAGGGAACCCUUAAGAAUCACAUAAAAAUUCAUACUGGAGAAAGAAGUUUUGCAUGCCAUCAAUUGUACAAGAUAAACAGAGUGAGCUGUCAGUCUCAAGAUCUGAUGGAGCUGAAAGAGGAAAGUCAAGAACUGAAUGAAAUGGAGGAGAAACAUCUCUAUCAGAAACCUGAUUAUUUAAAAUCUGAAGAACAACAUUUUAAUCGUUCACAAUCUGGACAUAGUGUCUCACAAAAAAGAAGUCAAAGAACAAGUGCCAUAAAUUCUCUCACCUGCCCUCAGUGUGGAAAGGAGUACACUCAUAAAAGAGGCCUUCAGAUUCACAUAAAAACUCACACAGGAGUGAAGCCUUUCACCUGCCCUCAGUGUGGAAAGUGUUACACUCGUAACAUAGACCUUCAUGUUCACAUAAGAACUCACACAGGAGAGAAGCCUUUCACAUGUGAUCAUUGUGGGAAGAGUUUCACAGUGAAAGGGAACCUUAAUAGACACAUAAGGAUUCACACUGGAGAAAGAAAUUAUGUAUGCCAUCAGUGUGGAAAGAGUUUCACACAGAAAGGACACCUUCAGGAUCACAUGAGUAUUCACACUGGAGAGAAGCCUUUCAGAUGUCAUCAGUGUGGAAAGAGUUUCACACAGAAAGGACACCUUAAGGAUCACUUGAGUAUUCACACUGGAGAAAAGCCUUUCACAUGUCAUCAGUGUGGGAAGAGUUUCAAACAAAAAGGACACCUUAAGGAUCACAUGAGAAUUCACACUGGAGAGAAGCCUUUCAAAUGUCAUCAGUGUGGAAAGAGUUACAAACUUCGAAGAGACCUAAAAAUUCAUAUGCAAAUUCAUUCUGGAGUAAAAUAACACUAGUGUUCUGAGUGUGGCAAGAGGUUUGUCGACAUAAGUAAUUGAAAAAAAUCAUCUGUACAUUCACUGUGGAGAAAGGCCAUUUAAUUGCUAGUUUGUGGUUCAAUUUAUCACCUUAAAGGUGAAGUAUGUAGUUUCUGGAAUCACGAAGCAUGUUAUCAAUGAUUUUUCCUUAUACCUCUUAAGUUGGUUUAUACUUCUGCAUCAAACCUAAAGCAUAGGCUCCGGUUAGUGACCUUUGCAAAAGGUUAAAUAAUUAUACAUUUCAUAAACAAAUAAAACUGUAAAACUGAAUAAAAGUGGAAUUAAAUGUAUUUAUUUAAU